GGGGGGAAGGAAGCACGCGGUGCGGCUUAAAGAGCCGAUCGAGGCAGGCAGUCAGCGAGAGAGGGUGUAGUAGUAGGCAGGCAGGCAGUCAGUCAGUCAGUCAGUGAGUCUAGAGUGUAGGUAGGUAUAGCAGGGGAGGUGGGGCGAGCGUGGGGUGGGGGAGGGGGAUGGGCGGGGUGACGUCGUCGAUGGCGUCGAAGCUGGCGUUCUUCCCGCCGCAGCCGGCGUCGUACGAGGUGGCGAGGGAUGCGGAGACGGGGCUGGUGACGCUGAGCCGGUUCCCCCACCGGGAGAACGUGGAGGUGCUCCGCCUCCCCACCCGCCGCGGCAACCACAUCGUCGCCCUCCACGUCCGCAACCCCUUCGCCGCCUCCACCCUCCUCUACUCCCACGGCAACGCCGCCGACCUCGGCCACAUGUACGACCUCUUCCUCGAGCUCAGCAUCCACCUCCGCGUCAACGUCCUCGGGUAUGACUAUUCUGGAUAUGGCCAGUCAUCUGGAAAGCCAAGUGAACAGAACACAUAUGCUGAUAUAGAAGCCGCUUACAAAUGCCUAAUAGAGCAUUUUGGUGCCAAGGAAGAGGAGAUUAUCCUAUAUGGUCAAUCUGUUGGAAGUGGACCCACUAUAGACCUGGCAAGCCGCCUGCCUAAUUUACGAGCUGUUGUUUUGCAUAGUCCUAUAUUGUCAGGCUUGAGGGUUAUGUAUCCUGUGAAACGUACAUACUGGUUUGACAUCUACAAGAAUAUCGACAAGAUCCCUCUAGUAAAUUGUCCCGUGCUGAUAAUCCAUGGAACAACAGAUGAAGUUGUGGAUUGGUCUCACGGAAAGCAGCUUUGGGAACUCUGUAGGGAGAAAUAUGAGCCCCUAUGGCUUAAAGGAGGAAAACACUGCAAUUUAGAGCUCUUCCCGGAUUACCUCAAACAUCUCAAGAAGUUUAUAUUCACUGUCGAGAAAUCACCUUCCACUAGAAAUGAUUGGAGGAAAAGCAAUGACCAGUUUGAGCCUUCUCGGAAAAGCACCGACCGUUUUUUUGAACCGGCGAGAAAGAGCACAGACCGAAGAGACAAAUCAAGGUCUAGCAUAGACAAGUUGAGAACUAAUGAGUACAGAUACAGCAAUGUGGAGAAGUCAGAUAAGCUUAGGGUCUCAUUUGACCACUUCGAUAAGUCUAGGAGGAGCGUGGACUGCCUCGAGAGAUCGAGAAGGAACACCGAUCAGCUGGACAGAGGAAGGAAGAGCGUCGACAGGUUGGACAGAAUAUGGGCUGGGUGAAAUACCUUCAACUUCACUACUUUGUAAAAUUCUAUAUACAUGGGCUUGGUUGUGUUUGGAAAAUUAUUUGUGCAUUAAUUUGUGUUCUCCGAUCAUGGACUAUGCUUUUGUGGAGCUUCCAUAACAGUUUGUUGACAUGGUGAAAAAGGGGGGAAAAAAAGGAAGAAGCGAAAUCAAUGACAAAUUGUACCAUUAUUACAGUUGUAUGACAGUAUCUUGCCAAAAAAAACCAUCAGGUUUAUUUA